UUUAACGUUGUCACAGUUUAUUCAAUGGUUAUGUUGUUGGUGGUUCUGUGUAAUCAUUUAAGAAGAAAUGAUUGUACUGUCUUCAAGUCUCUGAGAAAUACUUUGGAUCAAUAUAUUUGUUGUGUCAACAACAUUCAGUCAUGAUUCAUUUUGCAGUGAUUCACAAUGAUUUCCACAUUAUGGAUGGGGGGCACUCUGUGCUGUCUGGUACUGCUCUCAGGGCUUUUGGAGGCCAAAUCAGUCCUGAAUGCAUUUAAGCAAGAAGAAAUGGUUCCCGUCAGACACGUGAACAUCGACUCAGAGAAAGCAAACAGCUUCCUGUCUCACUCCAGGGCCAGACGCAACAUUGACCCUAAAUGGUACAGAUCAAACCCCGACUUCCAAGCUUAUUACAAGUAUUACAGCAGCAUCGGACACACCGAGGGGCUCUAUGAGAUCGACAAACUGCGGAUGCUCUACCAGCAGAUGAGGCACCUGGAGCACACCUACGGCCCCGAUGCCUCCUAUUACCAGAACAAAUUGGGAAUUCCCAUGUGUGACCCAGAUAAGGACAAGGACUGCUUCGCUCCACCUCCUUCCAUGAAAGGUGUCCCAAAAGGCACCCCUGCUCCCGCCGCCCUCCCUCUCGUUCCAGCUCUAUCCCAAGCUGAUGUGAUGUAUCUGUGCAACAAAGACGACCCGCUCUGUAAACCUCACAUCGUCUAUCUGCCCACUGGUGCCGUACCUGUGCUCUGCGACCCGCGGUAUCACCCUCACUGCACUCCUAAGAAAGUACAUCAUCCUUCCAUGAAGUCCGCACCACAUCCUUCAAUGAAGUCCGCACCACAUCCUUCCAUGAAAUCUGCACCACCUCCUUCCAUGAAAUCCGCACCACCUCCUUCAAUGAAGUCCGCACCACCUCCUUCCAUGAAGUCCGCUCCUCCUCCACCUGUGAAGUCUGCUCCACCACCAGCAAUGAAGUCUGGUCCUCCACCACCUCCUACCCUCAUCCGCACUUACAAAGGCAUGGAGUAUGACUGCGACCCCUACUGGGACCCCGACUGCCUUAUUGACCACCCACCCAGGCCUAUCAAAGGAGCGGUCGUGGUCCCACCACCUCCACCAAUGCCUGUGGAAGAGGAGACGGAGGAGGAAGCAGCGCCAGAGCCAGAACCUCCCAAACCUAUCAAGAAGUUGUAUCAUUACCCCUUCUAUGCAGUUCCAUAUGACCCCAGGGAUGAGCUCUAUGACCCGGUCCGCUUCCAGUACCCAGUGCCUGCUGAUCCUGCUGAGGAUCCUGAGGAGAGCAGUGAAUGAAAGGUGUGAAGCGGACGGUGCUUCUGUCAAAAGAACACCGGAGGAGACUUUAGUCAUGUCUGUGGAGGUUCUCAGUCAUUCAGGUCAUUUCAUACGCAGAGGUUUAGAACCAGGCAACUGGAUGUGGUUGGGUUUGUUGAGGCAAGUUUUCUUGAAACUCCUCGCCUUAAGGUUUUCUUUAUUUCUGACCAUUAGGUGAAAUGAAAACUUCUGUCUGUGUCUGUGUGUGAGCCAAACACUGAGACUAAAUACCUGGACCAUUCCCAACCGCCAGUCAAAAGAACUACUUAUAUAAAAACAUUUUUUCAAGAAACCCAAAGCAAACUAAUACCAUCUCCUGCGUUGCACGUUUGUCAGAUUUCUGGUCCAUAAAAGCAGCAUCUGUAUUUGUUGCUGUCUAUGUUACCGUGUUUGAAGAAGUCAAACAAGUGUAUAAUGGAAAUGAUUGGAUACAUGCGAAUAAAAUGUAACACAACCAUA